AUGAGGAAAAAACCCGACCAUCUCCGCCUUUUUACUAGAACAUUCACGCCAAAAGAAAAAACGAUUAACGAUGAAAACGCACGACCUUUAACGGCUACGUUAGAAAAACCCCAAGUACUCGAUAUUCGAUAUAUCGACAAAAUCGACAUGUCCUUGGUUAGAAAAGAGUUCCUGUGUAUUACCAAUUUGUGUCGAGCGUUGCCGGUGGCGGUAUCGAAGGCGCGGAGGAAGCCACCUCCAAACAGCCAGAGACGUCACGGAAUCACCAGACCAUUGAUUUUACCAAGCAAAGGUAUUCAAAAAAUUAGUAGACCCGGUACUAGUGAUGAUAGUUGGGAAGACGAGAGUAGUUGCUCACAAACACCGACAGCAAGAGCUAAAAAAUACGACCUUAAUAGAAGACACAAAAUGAUCAAGCAACCAGCACCCGUUACAUCAUCAGCACCAGUAAGAAAACCGUCAAAAAAGAUCAGUCAUAAUGACACUAAUAAUAAUUUUAACACGUAUCGUGUGACGAAGAAGCGAAUGGUUGUUCCUUUACCUUGUAACACCUGCGGACGCCCCGAUCAACCCGAACGCUUCCACAGUCACCCAGAAACUCCCGGAAACCAUUCGCCGAAGAAGAAAAUGGAUGUAAAAGCACCGAUUAAAAACGUCGUUCAAAAACCGGUCGCGAUUAAAUAUAAAUCAAAAUUAAUUGAAAAGAAUAAUAAGAAUAAAGUAUUGGUUACACCCGGGAAAACGAAUUCGGGAAAUGUACGUUUGGGAAAAAUAAAUUCGGCAAAUAUACAUUUGGGAAAAGUAAAUUCGGGAAAUGUAAAUUCGGGAAAUGUAAAUUUGAGAAAUAUAAAUUCGGGAAAUGUAAAUUUGAGAAAUAUAAAUUCGGGAAAAAUAAUUUCGGGAAAGCCAACUUCUGCAACAACGCCUAUAAUUGCUGAAAAUAAAGAUAAAAAGGAAACUGGAAAAGGCCCUAAAACGCUUAUGUGUUACAUUUGUGGAAGAGAAUUUGGAACGAUGUCCUUGCCGAUACACGAACCGAAGUGUUUAGAGAAAUGGGAAAGGGAAAACGCUAAUUUACCGCGAGAUUUAAGAAGAAAAAAGCCUGUAAAACCUGACAAACCUUUAACGAGGGAAGAAUAUAAUACUUAUGCUUGGGAAUCGGCUCAGACUCGUUCUGAACUUGAACUCGCGGAACAUAAUUUUAGACCAAUCCGAACUGACGUAUGA